AUGACAAACGAAAUCUCACUUUUGAAGCCUCUCGGCUAUCAGAGGAAGAGUUGGUGCGGAUAUUGCAAGAAUGCCACAGGCAGCUCCUCGUAUUACAUGUCGUGUGACAACAUGCGAGUCGAUCAUUAUCAAUACCUAAUGGACAGGGGCUGGAGAAGAUCAGGCUCGCUCUAUUACAAACCUGAUCUCCUGCGGUCAUGUUGUCCCCACUACACCAUACGGCUGAAGGCGUCAGAGUUCCACCCAGGGAAGGACCAACGACGAGCGAUCAACCGAUGGAACGACUAUGUGCUCGGCCCAGAGUACAAAAGAAAAGCUGCCAUGCUGUGUCCACAAUCGCGAGAGGAAAAGCGCCGUAUGAGAGACAAAUUUGACCUGUCUACCGCAGUCCACAAAGCGGAAUAUGACAACGUCAAACGCCCGGUUGCCAAAAAGACCGGCGUGCCCAUCGAACCUGCCCAUAGAUUUGAGGUCAAUCUCGAAGGCGAUAGCUUCACAAAGGAGAAAUACGAUGUCUUCCUGAAAUAUCAGUUGCGGAUUCACAAAGACCCCGCAUCCCGAUGGAAAGAAACUGACUUCAAGCGAUUUCUCUGCACUGGGCUUGACCGGAAGAUUCUCAAAAUUAGCGACAAGACACUCAAGUUGGGUUCGUACCAUCAAUGCUAUCGCCUCGACGGCAAGCUGGUGGCCGUGGCAGUUCUCGACCUUCUGCCCCAUGCCGUCAGCUCGGUCUAUCUCUUCUAUGAUCCUGAAUACGAACCCUGGGACUUCGGAAAGAUGAGCGCUCUUCGAGAGAUAUUGCUUGCAACAGAGGUCGGCUAUGAGUACUAUUAUAUGGGCUAUUACAUCCAUUCAUGCACCAAAAUGCGAUACAAAGCCACUUUCACGCCGACCUACAUCUUGGAUCCGGAAAGCUAUGAAUGGAACCUCUUCGAUGAUAAAUACCGUCAGGAGCUCGACAAAAGGAAGUACGUCUCUCCAUCCCACGAUCGGAAACAUGGAGUGGAUGCUGCAGAGAGCACCACUCACCAGGCAGCCGAGACAGCGACUUCGGAUCGCGGCACUGCUCCUAAAACUACAAAGGAAAGAGGAAGAAUGUUCGACGACGAACAAGACCUGGAAUUCGAUGAAGCACCGAGUGACGAAGAGGAUGCAGAAAUUCCCGAGGGGUCCUUGUUUGAUUACGAGAUACCCGGUGUGCUGACAAAAGAUGAGGUGAACCGUCUUGAUCUCGACCACUGGCGUCUGCUUGUAGGUAACACUCUGAUCGAGUUAGAGGACCUUCGAGAUUGGGAAGCUGGGAAGAUAGACGACCCCGACACUAUGAAAGGCAUGGCUGCAGAACUUGCAGCGGUUACGGGACCAAAACUGCUGCAGAACAGUGCACUGGCGGUAUUUUGA